GGAAUGGAGAAAUCAGCCCAUGAAACAGAUGGGCUAACAACUUUGUGCCGUCUCCUGUUAAAAAAAGACCAGGCUGAAACGACGAUCCCCGAUCUGAUGACACUACAAGCUUAGUCAUGCACGAGUACUAACACUCCUUCUCGGACCCGCAUCUUGCAUUUCAACCACCGGCCGCCUCAUCAUAUUUUAUCUUGUCUGUAGAGGUCCGACCAGCAAGAAUUUUUGGACAAAUGGCCCGUUUUUUUGUAACAAGGUUUGUCCCAGUUAUAACAUCCCUUGAUCUUACGCAGCCCCUCUUCCUGCCGCACGCUUACAAAAGUCCGGCUCGGGCACUAAAUCCAUGACUGCAUUUUUCCGCCAUUCUUGACCAUCGACUGACAUGUUCUUCAAUUCUCCUAGGACCACCUCACUAGCCAUCUCAUUGUUUGGCGCAGUGUUCAAUUUCGCUCUUGCUGCGCGACUACUAGGAGCUUGGCGGUCAUUCAAAUGGGAACCAGAAAGCGAGUGGGAGAGUUCCGAGUAUUCCAUCAGUAAGGACGGGGUCUGCCUCGUAUGGGCGUUAUUGUGCGCAUAUUUCGUUGCCGCGUCUGCCAUCUGUUUCUUUGGCCUGGCAGGCAUUGUCCGAGGAAAAGCAUCAUUCGUGCGCAUAUAUCGUGACUAUAUCGUCGGAGAUUUCGUGUUUGGCACUCUAUUUGCAGCCAUAGGCUCUUACGCUGCCUUUCGACCAACAGUUCGCUCAAAUGUUUGCGAGUUGUUGUCGCGUCAACCAGACACUCUUCGAGACUUCAUCGACUUGGGGCUGACUUUGGAGAACUGCGAGCCUUGGUUUGAACGGGGAGUGUUUGCGUUUAUGAUUAUUCUCAUUGUCAUCACCGUCAUCCGCCUUCACUGUGUGCUGGCUUUAUCGAGUUACUACACCAUUCUUGUUCGCCAUCAAGGCUUCCAUUUGUCAUCCCACACACCUCACUAUGAGCGGAUAUAUAUCCUACCAGUCCCUCCAGUGGCAAGCAAAGCGCCUUGCACAUCCGAUAUCGACCUACAAUUUGUAGACGCUCCGGUUUAUGCUCCAGUCCCUCUCACGCAUGUUUCUUCGCAAGUCGCGGAGGAAUUACUCGCAAAUGCGACAGAGGCAUGGGUUUCUCGAUCAUACCCAGCCCAACCUGUGCGACCGCGCAGCCUCUCGCUAGCCCGUCAUCAGUCUGCGGACCUCAGUUUGGGAGCAGAUCAGACUGCCGACUUGAUUUCGCUGGAGACUGAAAAGGCAUGAGUUCAGGAUUGGGAUGAUAAUGAUGGUAUUGACUUCUGACAUGUUGCGGUGGUGUUUCUGCUUCUCUAUGCUCUUGCUUGUAUUAUUGUGUUGAUGAGUUAUUGCUUGCUGCAGAUUUGUACUGUAGUUCUCAGUUAUUAGGAAUCUAAAGGACGGAUGUCCUUGUUGUAGUCAUUUUUACCGCUGAAGUUCUCAGUGGUAUUGGUCUGAAUUCGCAACUAACAUUGAUAUAUCCAGGCUUCCUUCCGUUCCGAUCUAGUUGUCUCGUCAUGCAGUUCUCCCGAAGGCCUAAUCAUCAAUAGU